CUUUCUACGUUCGCGAGAACAAUUGCAAGUGGAAGAACAAGAAAGUUGCAAAAUGGCUAACGUUGUUUUAACUAAUGAACAAUUCGCAGAACUUAUGUCUCGAAUAUCAGUGGCGGGUAACAGCACACAGGGUGUUGCUCCUGCUGGGAACUUUUCAAAGUGUUCGUCGCGUUUCGACGGUUCCAAGGAUUCGGACGUGAAUGCUUUCAUUGACGCUAUAAGCAUCUACAAGGAGUGUGUUCAGGUAUCUGACGCGAAUGCUCUCAAAGGACUUCCGAUGUUAUUCGAUGAUUUCGCCGCGAAGUGGUAUCAAGGCGUAAAGUCAACGGUAAACACAUGGGAUGAAGCUCUAGCUCUCCUGAGAACCACAUUCGGACCACAAAAACCUCCUUAUAGAGUUUAUCGUGAACUAUUCGCACAGGAACAAGAUUCUGAAACUCCUACCGAUAUUUUUAUUUGUAAAAUGCGUUCGAUUUUAGCCCAACUUCCAUCUGGCACUCUGAAUGAAACAGUUCAAUUGGACAUGGUGUAUGGACUACUCAACCGUCGAAUCAGAGAAAAACUUCCACGUGAUCAAGUAAAAACUUUCAAUGAACUUCUACAAAAUUCUAGACUGAUUGAAGAAACUUUCCGAACGUAA